ACCUGGUGGUCUCCGCAGUCCCCACUGCUCCCUCUCUACAUACCAGUGUCUCUGCAUGGAAUGGCACAGGGAUAUGCAUAUGCAAGGCAUGAGCAGAGCCACAGAGCGGCCACACACCAGCCAUUGCACCAGUCUCCGGUUUAUAUAGCCUUCAACAUUUGCUCCCUUAUGCUGUUUCUCUGAAUCCAAACACAGCAGCAUCUCCCAUUCUCUAUCCAUUGCUUGUUUGAACAAGAGAAGCAUGGCUCGUGGUUGCCCCACAACUACCACAAGCUCCCUGCUCCUCCUCUUCAUUCUCUCUUGCCUGAUUAUCGGUCAUGCUUUCUGCAACCAUGGUCACCAUGGCAGAACAUCAGGUUGUUUCCCCCUUACAAACAGUGCAGAUUAUGUAGAGCAAUAUCCGCACCAGGAAUCGCCUGACAAACAUAUAGUUUCUCAGGAGACCAUGAAGGGUGAAAACAAGGACAUACUACCCAAGCAUGCAAGGAGAAUGUUGAUCGGCUCAAUUGCUCCAAUGUGCACAUACAAUGAGUGCAGAGGGUGUCGAUUCAAGUGUACUGCCGAGCAAGUCCCAGUGGAUGCAAAUGACCCCAUGAACAGUGCUUACCAUUACAAGUGUGUUUGCCACAGAUGAUCUUUAAUAUGUAGGAGGAGCUUCUAUCUUACGGUAUGUCUUAGCGAAGAGUAGUAAUUUUCUUCCAUUUGCUGUUCUCUUCUUUCUCUUCUAUUCUCUUUUUUCUCUGUUGAAAAGGCAUUUUUUCCUUUCCUUUUUUUUUAAAGAGGUUAGCUAGUAGAGGACUUGAGUCUGGAGGGGCAUGUUGUACUUUAAAAAAUGCUUAGUUCAGGUUAUGGAAUAUUUUGCCAGUAAAUGGCUAGAAAUUUUGACAUCAGCA